AUGCUUUUGGAUGAAAAAUCCUAUCCCCUUGUAAUUGCUAUUUUAGAGGUCCUGGUUAUUGGUAAAGGUGCUGCUAGUGAGAAAAUCAAUCAACGUGAAAUAAUAAACAUGUGUUGGAAGUACAACCUGGGCGUUGAAGUCUUGUCAACUCCACUCGCCGUGGGCACCUUUAACUUUCUCAAUUUCGAAGGUCGUUACGUUGCGGCCGCCCUCAUCCCUCCGAACCGCAUCGAUGUGUACGACGAUCGUCGACAGCUCAAACAGCUGGAAACGGCUCGAGAUAUUCGUCUUUCUAUUGAAGAGAAACCAAAAAUAAAAAGACUCCCAACACCAGAAGCUCCUGCCUUUUUGAAGCGACUCGUACAUCCAUCAGAUAAAGACAAACAGGGUCACCAACGCUGCGUGUUCUUCUCCACCGCCGCUGAAACCCCGACGGCAAGUCAGAAGGAACUGGACGAUGAGAGGUUGAUUCUGCCUUCCUUGAAAAAAUUGGUUAACCACAGCAAGGUUGCCAUGCAAAUGCCCGAUAUGACGCGUAAAUACGCCGUGUCAGAUGCCCCUCUCAUUCCCAGCUACUUUCUUGGGAAGCUACAAUUGGAACUUCUAGAAUACCCCGAAUUGCCGACAAAGGAGGAGGUGAUCCAAAUCAACAACCUGUUCACUACGGUGGAGGACUGGGUGACUAAAGUUGACAGCAAAUCAAUUGACGAGAAGGGUGCAAUUCCAGAGGAGGUGCUGCGCGAUUGCAAAAUCAUGGGUCUUUUUGGUCAACGAGUGAAUCCAUGUUAUGGAGGACUGGAUAUGACCCCACUUGAGUCUGUUCUCGUUGCUGAAGCGAUGGGCUAUGAUCCUUCACUCUUUGCCACUGUUACGGUACACGAAGCUCUUGGCUUGAAGGGUCUUCAACUCGUGGGCACCGAGGCACAGAAGGAAAAAUACCUUCCGGCUCUUGCCUCAGGUGAAAAGAUUGCGGCAUUCUGUUUGACUGAGGUCUCCAGCGGAGCCACAUCAACACAAUCCCAGGCUCGAGCCAUUCUCAGUCCAGACAGCAGGCACUACAUCCUUAACGGUCGCAAGGCCUGGGUUGUCAACGGCUCACGUGCAGAUGUCUUCACUGUCUUUGCACUCACCUCCAUUCCCAACGAAAAGGGAGAAAACGAGGAUAGGCUUUCCGCCUUUUUAGUGGAACGUGGUUUCGAAGGGACCAUUGAGGCCCAGCCGCCGCUAGAGAGGAUUGGGCUUAGGGGGCUCGAUCUCGUUGAUGUGACCUUCAAGGAUGUUCGAGUACCGGUGGAGAAUGUUCUGGGGGCUUUGGGCUCCGGUACCGAGCUCUCCGGACGAAUCGCUUGCAGUGAGCGCUACCUGGUGGGCGGUCUAUGUGUGGGUCUCUGUCGCAACGUCCUGGACGCUCUUACGGAGCAUUGCAGCAUGCGUCACCAAUUUGGGCGUCCUCUCAGCCAUUUUGGUGUAGUGCAGCGUCGGUUAGCCCACGCUGCCGCCCAACUCUAUGCGAUGGAGUCGGUCACCUACCUUGUGGCCGGUUUUCUGACUUCACGACCGCAGCGCGAUUUGGCGAUUGAGUCGUCGGCAGUUAAGCUCUUUGCAACUGAAACGACUCUUACCCUGUUGAAUGACUGUGUUGCGUUGGCAGGAGCACUGGGUUUUACCAAACAACUGCCAUUGGAACGAUACCUGCGUGAUUCAAGGGUACUUACCUCCUUCAUGGGUGUGAACGACCUGCUUCGCAUCUACAUUGCCUCCACUAGUCUCUCCAAGGUUGGGAAGGAGUUACGUCACUUUGUGGAGUGCGCACGCAGUCCCUCACAGCAUAUGUGGUACAUGUUGCGCGAGGCUUGGCGCAAGGAUUGGCGUACGGCAAUGCUGACUCGCCGCUGGGGCAUGUCACCCGCUAUCGUUACUGCAGCAACAAUGGAGACAGAGCGAGGCAUACGAGCCUCGAUGCGUGUUGGUGACCAUCUCCAUCCCAACCUUCAAGCUCUGGGCGAUCGUCUGGCGCGUCUAGUGGUGCAGGCAUACGAGUUGACCAGACAGGUUUUUAUUCUCCAUGCUAAUACAGUGAAUGAAGACCAAUUCUCUCUGUGGCUGCUCUCAGAUCUAGCGGUGGGACUGUUUACAGCGACUGCGGUUUUGAGUAGAGCAUCAAGAGCAAAGAGUAUUGGAGUGAGAUAUCACAAUAACGAGCUGGAAUUGGCCGAACUCUUCACUUUGGAGACACUGGACCGUCUACAAGGCGAGCUGUCUAGCUUCAAACAGAAGGCCAAUCUACGCAAACGCAUUGCCAGUGUGAUGGUGAAAGAGAGCGGCUACGCGUCGGCCAGCCCUCUCAGUCGUGUUUGGUAG